AUGAGCUCGCAGGCCCUUCACCCGGGAUACUCCCAUGCGGACGCCUUCGACGAGGGCUUCCUCUCGGUGGGAUCCAUCCACAAGAUCCAUUACGAGCAGUACGGGAAGAAAGACGGCAAGCCAGUCAUCUUCCUUCACGGCGGGCCCGGCGGCCACUGCACCAAGAUCAACACGACCUUCUUCGAUCCAGAGGUCUACCGCGUCGUCCUGUUCGACCAGCGUGGCUCCGGCAAGUCUCUGCCAAACUCGGAGCUGCGGGAGAACACCACGCACCACCUGGUCGAGGACAUCGAAGCCAUCCGCAAGCAUAUGGGCGUCGAGAAGUGGCACAUGGUCUUCGGCGGCUCGUGGGGGUCGACCCUGGCGCUGGUGUAUGCGCAGGCCCAUCCAGAGGUCGUUGGCUCUCUCGUCCUGCGAGGCAUCUUCACCUUCCGCAGAGAAGAGCUGGAGUGGUCUCGCAGCAUCGUGGCCGGCCGUCUAUACCCAGACGCCUACGAGGAGUUCGUCAAUUACCUGCCAGAGCCGGCCAGAGCUGACAUCGUAGGCUCGUACUACCAGCUGCUCCUGUCCGACAACAGAGAGACACGCAUCAGCGCUUCCAAGGCAUGGAACAAGUGGGAGCUGUCCAUCAGCGAGCUGCGCCAGAACCCUCAGAGCCUGAAGAAGCUCGAGGACGAUGACUGGACGCUGGCACACGCCUCGAUGGAACUCCACUAUGCUAUGAACGAUGCCUGGCUUGAGCAUGGUGCUCUCUUGAAAAAGGAGAAUAUCGACCGGAUCAGACACAUCCCCAGCUCUUCUGGAUUCCGGAUGCCGGACACAGUGCAAUGUAGCUAUCAAUAUGCACAAGAGAGAAUUUAUAUAGCCAUCAGGCUGAACUUGAUGACUGGUCUUCCAUUCCUCUCUAGCGGAGUUCCCUGGCUAUUUUCAAUGCUCCUUUUCACGGCAGCAGCCAUAAGCUCUCCGAACACUAACGCAGAUCAUAACGGCGAUACGGAUGCUGCGAGUGCUAACCAGAGAGCCAGUGGCUCCCCGGAUGCACCUAACUAUAGCUUACACCGUCAAUCAUCAGAUCGACAAUCAAUGUCGAGCAGUGAACCAACUAGCUAA